UGGAGAGUAAACAGCGAGAAAGAAAGAGAGAGAAUAGAAAUUAAAAAAAGAGACCCCUAAAGAAGCGAAUAUUUAUUAUUCCGUCCCGAAGAUUCUAUUUCUGAUCAUUUACACCCCUAAAAAGAGUAGAGCUUUCGUGAAGCAACCAUGUGUGGAGGAGCUAUAAUCUCCGAUUUCAUACCGCCGCCGAGGUCCCUCCGCGUCACUAGCGAGUUUAUAUGGCCGGAUCUGAAAAACAAAGGGAAAUCUUCGAAGAAGCGAUCGAAUAAGCGACCCGAUUUCUUCGAUCUGGACGAUGAAUUCGAAGCUGAUUUCCGAGGGUUUAAGGAUGACUCGGCUUUUGACUGCGAAGACGAUCUCGAUGAUGAUGUCUUCGUCAAUGUGAAGCCUUUUGUCUUCACCGCAACUACUAAACCCGUAGCUUCAUCUGUCCCCGCUUUCGCAUCCACUGUAGGAUCAGCAUCUGCCAAGAAAACUGUAGAGUCCGAUGGGCAAGCUGAGAAAUCUUCUACGAGGAAGAGGAAGAAUCAAUACCGAGGAAUUAGGCAGCGCCCUUGGGGCAAAUGGGCUGCUGAGAUCCGUGAUCCGAGAAAAGGCUCCCGAGAAUGGCUUGGAACAUUCGACACUGCUGAGGAAGCAGCAAGAGCUUAUGAUGCAGCAGCACGCAGAAUCCGAGGCACGAAAGCUAAGGUGAAUUUCCCAGAGGAGAAGAACCCUUCCGUCUCCCAGAAACGUCCUACUGCUAAGAUCAAUAAUCUUCAGAAACCAAUGGCUAAACCAAACAAAAGUGUGACUUUGGUUCAGCAGCCAACACAUCUGAGUCAGCGGUACUGCAACAACUCCUUUGAUAACAUGGGAAAUGACUCAUUUGGUGAUAUGAGUUUCAUGGAAGAGAAGCCUCAGAUGUACAACAAUCAGUUUGGGUUAACAAACUCGUUUGAUGCUGAUGGUAAUAAUGGAUUCCAGUAUUUCAGUUCCGAUCAGGGAAGUAACUCAUUCGACUGCUCUGAGUUCGGGUGGAGUGAUCACGGCCCCAAAACACCUGAGAUCUCUUCAAUGCUUGUCAAUAACAACCAAGCACCAUUCGUUGAAGAAACCAAUGCAGCAAAGAAGCUCAAACCCAACUCUGAUGAUUCAGACGAUCUGAUGGCAUACCUUGACAACGCCUUAUGGGACACUCCACUAGAAGUGGAAGCCAUGCUUGGCGCAGAUGCUGGUGCUGUGACUCAGGAAGUGGAAAACCCAAUGGACGUAUGGAGCUUAGAUGAGAUCAAUUUCAUGCUGGAAGGAGACUUUUGAAGUGUGAUCGAUGGUUCCUUACUUUGUAAAUAAAGCUGUGUGUUGGAUUCUGCUGUUGGGGGAUGGUACAAGUCACACCUGAAGCUCGUUGCAUUGGUUUCUUAUGAGCCUCUCUUCCAUAGAGAGUCUCUCUUUUAAUUUUGUUGAAAUAAAAAGGUUUGAUGAAGUAAAUAGAGGUGUAAUAUUCUAUCUAAUGAAUCUUGUUUCCUUCAUUUUUGUUUUUCUUUCUAUUUAAAAGAGAGUUUAUUUAAUCUUCUAAGCUAUCUUUUUGAUCUUUUGUUAUAGCGUAUCAUCACCCUCUAAAGUGUUUUGUUUUGUACCCCCAAACUUGUUUAACAUUAUAAUAAAAUCUCUUUGGAACCUCUCUGUCUGUUCUAUGAAUCUUCUCUUCCAAACUUAAUAGAACUUUGCUUGGUUG